AUGGAAAUUACGGAAAUUACGCUUUACGGAAAUAGCAAGCGCCGCUGGGUGUAUUUGGGUAAAAGCCGUCUAGUCGGCACUACAAAGUUAUAUCCAGCGACCGCUUGUUCCUCUGUCAAAGUUUUAGCACCAAACAAUCAUCUCACAGUGUUCACUGGGUGUUCAACGUCUAACUUCUUGCAAGUUGCAAUCGGGGAUUUUCCUAGAGAAAAAGGUUUCUUUUGUGGAGAGGAAGGGCUGCAAUGUCAAAAAUUUCCCCUUUGCGCAGAUUUGAGAUAUGUGGCACACGGAACAAGCAAUGAUUUGGACUCUCAAAACCUGUUAGCUUGCAUAAUAGUGAGGAGAGAAAAUCAAGAGAAAGAUGAAAAGGAAAAUUGUUCCCAGUGCAGCUUCACAGCGCAGUUCGAGAGUGCGUUGGCCAUGCAUCAUCAGCUGCACCAUGAAACACCAGCUCAAUCAACUUCUAAUAAUAUAGUGGAGAAAUCGAAUACACUGCCUCGGACAGUACGGCCCGUACAGUCGUUUCCAUCAAGCAAGGAGGAUAAGGGAAUGAAGCUGGCACCUCGCACAUCGUCGGCGACGCGGUUGUUUGACAAGCUGCGCGCGCGGAUCUGUCGCAGCAGGACUCUCUUUGCGCAUCCGGAAGAGGGCGUUGAUCUGGCGCAUCAUUUUAAUGAUAUAUCAGGCCAAAGUGAAUGCACCUCGAAGGCUAUGAAAGAGCUGGAGCCAAGCGUAAGCAGGGUCGGGGUAAUUGAAUCAAUCAGAGAGAAUAAGGAGACCUUUUCAUGCCAUUUGUGCUCGAUGGAUUCCGAUCGAAUAACAGUUCUAGACAGACAUUUACUGAAUGACCAUAAAAUCGGCCUGGAAAACCUUCUGAAACUAGUAAUGUCAAAAACAAAAGACGGACUCUCAGAAGAAUGUCCAGCUCAAAUGUAUGGAAUAAGACAACCUUACUACAGACCACCAGACGAUAUCAUAGAAGAUGGCGAAUUUGUUAUAGAAACAAUCACGCCUAAAAUCAAAAUACUCAAACACACAUCAACUAAUACCGAUCUCAAAAUGUCUGAUAUUCCCGAUUUAAGUAAUUGUCAAAAGAUCACAAAAGAGAUUGAAAAAUUAAUCGACGUACCGUCGGAAAGCUCGGAUAAGAAUGAGUUGUUAGAAAAAAUGCAGAAUUUGAACGAAUGCAUGUGCAAGUUUGUGGAUUCUACAAAUACGAUCAAAAAGGUUUUGACUAAGGAGUACGAUCAGAAGAAUGCGGGGAACAGAUCGAAUGAUGCACCGUAUUUUAAUUUAGGUUUAGGAGACCAGGACAGUCCGAAAGAUUGGGAGCGAGCUCACAGCGACAAACUAGAUCGUAGCCGAUGCAAAUAUAGGGAAAAUAGGAUUUACAGAUGUAAAUAUGCUCAAAAUUCUAAAGGCAAGGAUGAAUAA